AUGGCACCAAAGAGAUAUUUUAAGGAUGCCAAAGAUCUUAAUAUGACAGAAGAUGACUUUGACUUAACCCUGUCCCUCCUACUCGACGCCUGUCAAUCACGACUGGACAUAAAGUACCAUCAUGAUCCUUUAUCAGUACGCUUCUACAAUCAAUACUUCAACAAGUAUCUGGUACGUCUGUACUACUUCUUUAUGACUGCAAAUCUCUUCACCAUACUUCUGGAAGAGCCAGCAGCCAUUUUAUUCCACGGUAAACCGCUGCCUUACUACAUCCCCCUUAUCGUCAAUGUCAUUUGUGAGCUCUACUUCUUCUUCCGUUGGCUGCACAUUUUUGUUGUGGCUGACUUCGACUUGAUGAAGAAAAACAUUUCCUUUUGGAUGUCAGCAGUUUUUAUUGCCCUCAUGACUGCGGACGACAUCACCUAUGUAACUCAACACUGUUUAAAGUACAAAAAUCCCAUUCGUUGGUCUCGCCUCUUGAGACCGGCCCUUCUGCUUACCUUUCCUGAAAAUAAGCGCAUCAGAGGAGCUUUUGAGAAUAUCCGAUGCACCGCCCAGGAUGUGCUUUCCGUCUUCGCCAUGUUUAUGGCAAGUCUGCUCUUCGUGAGUGUGGUGACCCUGAAGGUGAUCGACGCCAAAGACAUGAUCAACCUGGACAAUGAGCCCUACAUUCCCAACUUCGGUGAGAUUGCUUGGGAGCUCUACGUCCUCACCACAACUUCCAACUCGCCGGAUAUAAUUAUCCCGGCGUACGAAAAACACAACGCCUACAUAGCCAUCUACGUGUGGGUGUGUGUUGCAUGCAAUUGGCUUUUCAUGGGCAUUCUAACAGCCUCUGUUUACAACGCCUACAAGGGCCAUUUAGGCGAGAAUGUGCUCAAGAGUUUGGUGAAACGAAAGAACAUCCUUGAUAGGGCAUUUCACAUACUACAGUCGGUGGAGACUGAGGGAAGAGUGUCAAGGGAGAUUUUUAUAGCUCUCCUUCAACGAGUUACUCCAAACAGGUCUGAGAACUCUAUUGCUCUCAUUUAUGAUAUCCUCGAUGGCAGAAAGGCUGGCAUCAGUCAGGUGGAGUUUGCUCGCCUCACCGAAUACAUGCAAUUAAAUUUCAGAGAAGUAGUUAUUAGCAGAAAAAACUUUGAACGCUACCUACCACACUUUUACAAAAUUUACGUGUCCAAGUGGUACCAGGUGAUCGUGAAGGUCAUCCGAAGCAAGCCGUCGCAGAUCUUCUUUGACAUAAUGGUCAUCCUGAAUGGAAUCACUCUAGUAGUUGCAGAUGAUACACCCUACGAGGACUACUUUGAAUGGACUUUUACAGCAAUAUUCGCUUUGGAAAUCCUUCUUAAAUACCUCGCUUCAGGAGGUGUGAACUUCUUCCAAGAAAAGUGGAACAUAUUUGACAUGAUUAUUGUGAUUGGUGCAUUUGCAGGUCAAUUUAUUAAUCUCCUCCUGCAAUGGUCGAGUAUUGAGGCACCCUCGUCACUGAGUCAGGCCUUCCUUUUGCUCCGUCUUUUUCGCCUCUUAAAAAUAAUUGGUCAGGUGGCCAUAUUUCGAUGCAUUAUCAACUGUAUCAUCAUCAUUCUGCCGUCCUUGUGUGCCUACGCAGCCAUCCUACUCAUACUCUUCUACAUAUUCACCUGUGUUGGAAUGGAGCUAUUUAAUGGACUGCUGGUGAUACCAAGUGGAUACAAUUACACUGCAGAUGAUGCCUGCAAAAACAGCAAACUUGUUGGAAGCUCAUUCCUCCAGUUACACUACUGCGAUCUUCACUUCAAUGAUGCAGCAUCCAGCUUUGUGACAUUGUUCGUACUCAGUGUGGGCAACAAUUGGCACAUUAUCACAGACGGAUUCACACGCAUCACAAAUAAGUCAUACCGUCUCUACUUCCUCUGUGUGCACUGGAUGUGCGUGCUUUUGGUGUUAAACAUUGUCUUGGCCUUCAUUAUCGAGGCCUUCUUGAUUGAGUACGAUCCACAAGAAAGUCGUUUUGAAGAGUUUAUUCGAGAGCGUAUGAGAGAGCUCGGCGUGGACGCAGAGACAGAAUUGGAGAAGCGUGGACUGGAGCGUUACCGAGAUAGCGACUUCUAUGUGACACGAGAGCAACUUGAUGCAGCAUUUCCUCCUCACCUCCCUGACAUACCAUUCUCUGCUUUCUUCUUCAUUCCUGAUAGUGCGUCUAUUGAAUUGCUGAUGUUCCGCAUGUUCGAAACUGAGAUCGAGGCUAUUGCCACAAACUAUCACGAAAGACGGACAAUUCGUGUGAAUGCGCCAAACCUUUAG